ACAGCAUGAAGAGGUGCAAAUCGGACGAGCUGCAGCAACAGCAGGGAGAGGAGGAUGGAGGUGGGCUGGAAGAUGCCGUUUGCCACCUGCCCGGCGCGGACCUCCGGCCUGGGUCGGCCCUGGGUGCUAACUCUGCUGGCGGGCCAACUUCAGACGCGGGCGCGGCCUCGGCGCCCAACCCGGGACCCCGAAGCAAGCCUCCCGAUUUAAAGAAAAUCCAGCAGCUCUCGGAGGGCUCCAUGUUCAGCCACGGCCUGAAGCACCUGUUCCACAGCCGCCGCCGGUCACGAGAGAGGGAGCACCAGACGUCUCAGGAUUGCCAGCAGCAGCAGCAGCAGCAGCAGCAGCAGGGCGUGUCUGACCAUGACUCCCCGGAUGAGAAGGAGCGUUCCCCCGAGAUGCAUCGGGUCUCCUACGCCAUGUCCCUGCACGACCUGCCCGCCCGGCCCACCGCCUUCAACCGUGUGCUCCAGCAGAUCCGCUCCCGGCCCUCCAUCAAGCGGGGCGCCAGCUUGCACAGCAGCAGCGGGGGCAGCAGCGGGGGCAGCAGCCGGCGGACCAAGAGCAGCUCCCUGGAGCCCCAGCGUGGCAGCCCCCACCUGCUGCGCAAGGCCCCCCAGGACAGCAGCCUGGCCGCCAUCCUGCACCAGCACCAGUGCCGGCCCCGCUCCUCUUCCACCACGGACACGGCCUUGCUGCUGGCGGAUGGUGGCAAUGUGUACCUCUUGGCCGAGGAGGCCGAGGGCAUCGGGGACAAGGUUGACAAGGGGGACCUCGUGGCCCUGAGCCUCUCCAGCGGCCCCGGCCACGGUGACCCCGACGGCCCCAUCAGCCUGGACGUGCCGGACGGGGCCCCCGACCCCCAUCGGACCAAGGCCGCCAUCGAGCACCUGCACCAGAAGAUCCUGAAGAUCACGGAGCAGAUCAAGAUCGAGCAGGAGGCGCGGGACGACAACGUGGCCGAGUACCUCAAGCUGGCCAACAACGCGGACAAGCAGCAGGUGUCGCGCAUCAAGCAGGUGUUCGAGAAGAAGAACCAGAAGUCGGCCCAGACCAUCGCGCAGCUGCACAAGAAGCUGGAGCACUACCGCCGGCGCCUGCGGGAGAUCGAGCAGAACGGGCCCUCGCGGCAGCCCAAGGACGUGCUGCGGGACAUGCAGCAGGGGCUGAAGGACGUGGGCGCCAACGUGCGCGCGGGCAUCAGCGGCUUCGGGGGCGGCGUGGUGGAGGGCGUCAGGGGCAGCCUCUCGGGCCUCUCGCAGGCCACCCACACGGCCGUGGUGUCCAAGCCCCGGGAGUUCGCCAGCCUGAUCCGCAACAAGUUUGGCAGCGCCGACAACAUCGCCCACCUGAAGGACCCCCUGGAGGACGGGCCCCCCGAGGAGGCGGCCCGGACGCUGAGCGGCAGCGCCACGCUCGUGUCCAGCCCCAAGUACGGCAGCGACGACGAGUGUUCCAGCGCCAGCGCCAGCUCAGCCGGGGCUGGCAGCAACUCCGGGGCCGGGCCCACCGGGGUGCUGGGCAGCCCCAAGUCGAACACACUGUACGGGGCGCCCGGAAACCUGGAUGCUCUGCUGGAUGAGCUGCGGGAGAUCAAGGAGGGACAGUCGCACCUGGAGGACUCGAUGGAGGACCUGAAGUCUCAGCUGCAGAGGGACUACACCUACAUGACCCAGUGCCUGCAGGAGGAGCGCUACAGGUACGAGCGGCUGGAGGAGCAACUCAAUGACCUGACCGAGCUUCACCAGAAUGAGAUGAGCAACCUGAAGCAGGAGCUGGCCAGCAUGGAGGAGAAGGUGGCCUACCAGUCCUAUGAGAGGGCCCGGGACAUCCAGGAGGCCGUGGAGUCCUGCCUGACCCGGGUCACCAAGCUGGAGCUGCAGCAGCAGCAGCAGCAGGUGGUGCAGCUGGAGGGCGUGGAGAACGCCAACGCCAGGGCGCUGCUGGGCAAGUUCAUCAACGUGAUCCUGGCGCUCAUGGCCGUGCUCCUGGUGUUCGUGUCCACCAUCGCCAACUUCAUCACGCCCCUCAUGAAGACGCGCCUGCGCAUCACCAGCACUGCCCUCCUGGUCCUCAUGCUCUUCCUCCUCUGGAAGCACUGGGACUCCCUCACCUACCUCCUGGAGCACGUGCUGCUGCCCAGCUGAGUGGCCAGCUGGUCCCUACCCCGUGCUCCCCCGGCCCCCAUCUGGCCAUGGCUCUCCAGGAGGGAUCUUGGGACUCCCCACUCCCUUGGACCUUUUCAUGUGUCUGGUUUGGCCUCCUGACCAGACUUCAUUCCAGCAGCUCCUGCCCUCCUCUGUUCUUGCUUCUGUCCGUCACCUUCUCCCUGUUGGCUAGAAGGGAGCCCCCUGAGCGGCCCUGGCUGGAGGUGGUGGGGACAUCCGUGGCCAAGUGGAGCAGAGGAGGACACCGGCAGGGACUGUUUCGAUGGCUUACAUUUGCACAAGGAUGUCUCCCAGCCGACUUGGAUGCGGCCAGGCAGGAAGGCCCGUGAGCAUAGGAGCAGGAGAGGGCCGUGCCUCAGCUUCCCCAGCAAGAGCCCACCCGGUGGCAGCCACUGCCCCCUCUGAGGCUCUGCUGGCCCCAGAGAGAGGGAGGGCCUUCCCAGCCUCGGGCACCUGCUGAGCUGGGCCAGGCAGAAGGUUCAGCCCACCCCUCCUUCCUCCGGAGCUGGUGUGAGGCUGGGUUCUGGACUGGCCCUUUGGGGAGCUGGAGGAGGCAGGCCCUGGAGGCCUGGUGGGUGUGGCUUUGGACUGGAGCUUUCCCUCUUCUUUCUGCCUGUCACUGGAUCUGCUCUUUUCAGGGAAACAGGCCCCGGGGGCCCUGAGCCUCAGCCUAAGCCCUUAGGCCCCUGGGAGCGGUUGGGCUCUAUUUAUUUAUUUAUUUGUUCCUUUGUCCCUGAUCCCCACAGAGCUCCAGGGAGAGGCUGGCCCCGUCCUCUCUCUGAAGCCAGGGCUCGUUCUUGGCUGUCAGGCACUUCCAUACCAGUUAGCCUCUGGAUAGUCCUGGCCGGGAGGAGCGGGCCACGCCACCCAGCCCCUCUCCCAAGCCGCCUCUGGAGCCAGGACAGGAGGAGCGAAGCUUCCCUUUUAUGUGUCUAUUUAUUUUGUGUGCGUGUGCUUGUGUGGAGGAGGUUGUUUGUGGCUUUAUUUUUUUAAGGCUCUGGAGUGUUGUGUAUGGUUUCUCUUCAUAUCCCAGCCUCCCCGUGAGCACUUCCAAGAAGAGAGGGGAUUUCUCAGAAAAGGAGAGAGAAAUCCCCUGGAACGGGAGGGCAGUGGCUGCCAGCUGUGGACCUUAGGAGAAAUAAAUA